AACGUGGUAGUGCGUUUCACUUUCUUUAGUACUUCAUUUCAUUGGAGCUGAUGCAAUUUUAUUUCCAGUUGGUAUAGUUUUCACAAUGGCCUCCGAAGUUUCUGCAAUUGAUGGAAUUUAUACUUCUGAAAAGAAUGGUAGUGACGAAAAUGGCAAUGGCACGAAAGAAAAUCCAUACAAAACAAUACUACAAGCAAUGCGUCAUGCAAAAGCUGAGCCCUUCCCUACAAUAUACGUCGAUAGCAAAGAUUUAAAAGCUGAAAGUCAAUACGAGGUGGCUGCGAAAUCACAGUUGAAAAAAAUACUUAAAAUUUUUACACGGGAAAGCUAUAAGAAUGUAGAAAAACAACAAAGAGAAUCCGAAGAUGCGGAGAAGCGAGCGCAAAACUUGGAGGAGGCUCGGAAAAUUAAGAUUUCUGAGGAUACUAGCCUACCAGUGGCACGUAAAAUAAAAAUUUGUCACGGUGAGGAAUAUCGUGGUGAACGCGUUAAGAUUUACGGUUGGUUGCAUCGUUUGCGUCGACAGGGAAAAGGCUUAAUUUUCAUAACCUUACGAGAUGGUACAGGAUUUCUUCAGUGCGUGCUUGUAGAUCGGCUCUGCCAAACCUAUGAAGCUCUUGUAUUAACUACAGAGAGCUCUGUACUCUUAUUCGGGGUACUGAAGCCGGUACCUGCUGGCAAAUCGGCACCAGGUGGACAUGAAUUGAUUGUGGAUUACUGGGAAUUAAUUGGCUUGGCCCCAGCUGGAGGAGCGGAAAGCAUUUUAAAUGAAGAGGCUCAUCCAGAUGUGCAGUUGGACAAUCGCCACAUUAUGAUUCGCGGUGAAAACACAUCCAAGGUGUUGAAAAUGAGAUCGGUAGUAAUGCAAGCUUUUCGUGGACACUUUUUCGACCAUGACUAUAUCGAAGUGUCACCGCCAACUUUAGUGCAGACACAAGUUGAAGGAGGAUCUACCCUAUUUAAGUUGCAAUAUUUUAGUGAGGAGGCAUACCUAACUCAAAGUUCUCAGCUAUAUUUGGAGACUUGCUUGCCAGCACUUGGAGAUGUUUUCUGUAUUGCGCAGAGUUAUCGUGCAGAGCAAAGCCGAACACGGCGUCACUUAGCCGAAUAUACGCAUAUUGAAGCCGAAUGUCCUUUCGCUACAUUCGAGGACUUAUUGAAUCGAUUAGAGGAUUUAGUGUGCGAUGUGGUGGAUCGAAUUUUAAAAUCGCCAUGGGGGCACAUUGUGCAAGAACUCAACCCUGACUUUAAACCCCCAAAAAGACCUUUCCGGCGCAUGAACUAUGCCGAUGCUAUUAAAUGGUUAAAAGAAAACAAUGUGACUAAAGAUGAUGGUACCUUCUAUGAAUUUGGCGAGGACAUACCGGAAGCUCCAGAACGCAAAAUGACUGAUACAAUUAACGAACCAAUUAUGCUAUGCCGCUUUCCUGUAGCUAUUAAAUCAUUCUACAUGUCAAAAUGUGCGGAAGAUCCUAACUUGACCGAGAGCGUCGAUGUACUUCUGCCCAAUGUUGGCGAGAUUGUUGGUGGUUCUAUGAGGAUAAAUGACUAUGACGAGUUGCUGAAAGGUUACGCUCGUGAAGGGAUUGAUCCAACUCCGUAUUAUUGGUAUACUGAUCAACGAGUGUACGGCACUCAACCACAUGGCGGUUAUGGUUUAGGGCUUGAACGUUUCCUCUGCUGGUUACUCAAUCGCUAUCAUAUUCGAGAAGUUUGCCUCUAUCCUCGUUUCCUAGACCGUUGCAAACCAUAAAGUCAUAGAAUUUCGUGUAUAUCAAAAAUAAUACAGCAUAUUGUUUGCAUUUAAAAACUGGAAUUAUU